GGGAAAAAUGUCGGUUGCUCGCUUAUUUUUUUUUCCCGGAAAGAUAUAUAUAUAUAUAUAUAUAUUUUUUUUUUUUUAAUAUAAUGUUUUUUUGGAGUCACAUAAGCAGCAAUAGUACUAAACGACAAGGUAAAAAAGGAUGGAGCUUUUCGAGAAAUGCUCUAAAACGUCUCAAAGGAAGAUAUACUGAUGGGAUGGGAUGUCUAAUUUUAAUUAUUAUUCCUGGAGUGAUGAAUUUCUUCUACAGAAAGACAAAAGAAAGAAAAUGAUGGGUCUGCGUUACCCUUCUCCUGAUUGUUCUUCAUCUUCUCCAAGGAACUCCGAGAAGCAGAGUGUGAUUGUUGCAUCACCUUCAAGAUUCUCUUGCUACAGUGAACCGUUUGUAUCAAUUGAGAAGAGAUUACUAACUCAUAAGGAUUAUAAUUACAACCUAAUGCCAAAGUCUUCAGAAGAUUUGAGGAAGGAGAUUGCUUCACUCGAGUUUGAGAUUCUGCGUACGGAGCAGUACUUGCUCUCUCUUUACAGGACAGCUUUGGAUGAACAAGUUACUUCUUCUUACCCUCCUCACACUGAAACAAGCUUAGUCUCCAAUCAGUUUUGUCCCAAGUCCGAGCAGUCAGAACUCGCCGGUGUGCUCAGCUACCAUUACCAAGCUUCUCUGGUCUCUGAACGUUCCUCUUCGUGUCCUAAGAGUUUCCAAGCCAGCUUGAAAGCCUUUUCCGCAAGAGAGAAGACAAGAUAUGUUUCUGGUAAUCACACUACUCUCGGAGACCUUCUAGGCUCGUCUUAUAUCGUAGAUGACACCGUGAACCCGAGUAGGCUCUCUGAAGAAAUAUUGAGAUGCAUAUCUUCAGUGUACGUUACGCUCUCCACCAAAGCAAGAAGCAGUUCUUCUUGUCUUCCGCCUUCUUCAUAUGUCUCUUGGAAUCCAUGCCUCGGGGAAAUCAAAGAGGAAAACGCUCCACGUGGCGUUGUAAUAGAGUCUCUAAAACUUCAGCUGGAUGAUAGUAGCUUCAACCACGCAGCUCUUAUGCUCCAAAACUUCAGAUCACUAGUUCAAAAGCUUGAGAAGGUUGAUCCAAGCAGGUUGAAACGAGAAGAGAAGCUCGCGUUUUGGAUAAACAUUCACAAUGCCCUCAUAAUGCAUGCUUAUUUAGCCUAUGGGACUAACAACCGCGCAAGAAACAACUCUGUUUUAAAGGCAGCUUAUGACGUUGGAGGCUACCGCGUAAACCCUCACAUUAUCCAAAGCUCAAUCUUAGGCCUUCGCCCGCAUUUCACACCACCUUUGCUGCAGACACUCUUUUCGCCAUCAAGAAAGUCGAAAACUUGCACUGUCAAACACAUUUACGCCUUGGACUAUCCAGAGGCGUUGGCUCACUUCGCUCUCUCUUCAGGAGCUUCCACAGAUCCUCUUGUUCGGGUUUACAAGGCGGAUUGCGUGUUCAGAGACUUAAGAAGAGCGAAAGAAGAGUUUAUAAGAAGCAACGUUCGUAUACAGAACGAGACAAAGAUAGUGCUGCCUAAGAUAGUUCAUUACUAUGCUAAAGAUAUGUCGUUGGACGCAUCUGCGCUCAUGGAGACGACGGUGAGGUGUUUACCAGAGUCCAUGAAGAGAUUUGCUCAGAAACUGUUGAAGAAGAAGAGAAAAAGCAUUGAAUUCUCACCGGAAAACUUGAGUUUCCGGUAUGUAAUCAUAUCAAGACACUGAUCAUCCAUCAUCAUGUUAUGUAAAGCGAAAUGUACAUUAAAACGUCACGUAGUUUUUAUCAUACAAAUUGAGAGUUGAACUA